CGCCAUCGCUGGGGGCUUCAGUGCGGCUGCGCGAGUUUUCCCGGCCGGGUCCCUCGCAGCCCCGCCGGUCGUCCUCCCUGCUCCGCUCCUCUUCCGCUCCUCCUCCCCGCCGCCGCCGCCGCCGCCGCCGCCGGCGGAGUGUCAGCGUGGCUUUGGUGGAAGAAGACUCCAGUCUAUAUGUGCCGCCCUACUCACGGGAAGAAUGACAGAUGACAAAGAUGUGCUUCGAGAUGUGUGGUUUGGGCGAAUACCGACAUGCUUCACGCUCUAUCAGGAUGAGAUAACUGAAAGAGAAGCAGAACCGUAUUAUUUGCUUUUACCAAGAGUGAGCUACCUAACCCUCGUAACUGACAAAGUGAAAAAGCACUUUCAGAAGGUUAUGAGACAAGAGGAUAUUAAUGAAAUAUGGUUUGAGUAUGAAGGCACCCCGCUGAAAUGGCAUUAUCCCAUCGGUUUGCUCUUUGACCUACUUGCAUCAAAUACAGCCCUUCCUUGGAACAUCACCGUGCACUUUAAGAGCUUUCCUGAGAAGGACCUCCUGCACUGUCCAUCCAAGGAUGCUAUCGAAGCCCAUUUUAUGUCUUGUAUGAAGGAGGCCGAUGCUUUAAAGCACAAGAGUCAAGUCAUCAAUGAAAUGCAGAAGAAAGACCACAAGCAGCUCUGGAUGGGAUUACAGAAUGACAAAUUUGACCAGUUUUGGGCCAUUAACCGGAAACUAAUGGAGUAUCCUGCAGAAGAUAAUGGAUUCCGGUACAUCCCAUUUAGAAUAUAUCAGGCAACAACUGAGCGGCCUUUCAUUCAGAAAUUGUUUCGUCCAGUUGCUGCGGACGGGCAAGUGCACACUCUCGGAGAUCUCCUCAAGGAAGUUUGCCCUUCUGCAAUCAUUCCUGAAGACUCUGAACAGAAGCAGCAAGUGAUGAUCCAUGGAAUUGAACCGAUGCUGGAGACCCCUCUGCAGUGGCUGAGCGAGCAUCUGAGCUACCCUGAUAAUUUUCUCCACAUCAGUAUCGUCCCCCAGUCCACGGAUUGAAGGAUUCCCCUGACGCCCCACCCACCCACUCAUCCCCCCCAGCCCCUCCUGCCCUGACCCUUCUGACUCCCAGAAGCCCCCGACCCUGGAAUCGACACAGAGUGUGUCAGCCUCUGACUUCAGGGGGACUCCGGGGACACCGGCGGGCAGGGGCAACCUGACCAGCCAAGUCUCUAGGCUGCAGCCACCAUGCAGGAAGGAGGAGCCCUCUCCAGAUAAGGGCAGUUGGCCUGGUCUUUCUUUGCAGCACCUCUGUCCUCUUCCCUCCUCCUUCCAACUUUGCCUCCUCCUCCUCUUUUCCUCCUCCUCCAUCUCUUACUCCUCCCCCCCAUUCCUCCUCCCCUCCCUCCUCUCCACCACUUCUGCCGUCAUUAAACCUCAGCUGCAACGUGAAAACCUUCGUGGGGCCACGGCAAGUCUUCUGUUUUUCUGUAAAAUAGCGGCUGAAACCAUCCGGCGAAGGGAGUGGAUAUGGAACAAGGGUCCUUUGCUAUGGGUCUCUGAUUAGCAAAUAAACAGGGGUAUCCCCUAAUGGGACCGGGGUUGAACUUGAGGUCGAGGCAGUGGAAAAUCGGUUAAAUUUUCAAGCAAAUCAGACCCAAGAAAGUAAAAGAGAAAUUCUGUUGUCAAAAACUUGCAGUAAUUUUUUGUAAAAGAUCCAAUUACAGUAAGCCAGUCUCUCCUCGGUGAAAGUUUCCUAUGUUUACAGUGUGUCUAUUGGUAUGCAAACAUCUUUUAACUUUGAUACUGAGCAGUGAGAGAGAUUUUUCAAUAAAACAGUGAACCGUGUCUUGUCACUGUAGAACACGCA